UGUGGAUGAGUGUGCCGAGGGCAAUGGCGGAUGUCAGCAAAGCUGUAUCAACAUGAUGGGCAGCUACGAGUGCCACUGCCGGGAAGGCUUCUUCCUCAGCGACAACCAGCACACCUGCAUCCAGCGGCCAGAAGAAGGAAUGAAUUGCAUGAACAAGAACCACGGCUGUGCUCACAUUUGCCGGGAGACACCCAAGGGGGGUAUUGCCUGUGAAUGCCGCCCUGGCUUUGAGCUCACCAAGAACCAACGGGACUGUAAAUUGACAUGCAACUAUGGUAACGGUGGCUGCCAGCACACAUGUGAUGACACAGAGCAGGGUCCCCGGUGCGGCUGCCAUGUCAAGUUUGUGCUCCAUACUGACGGGAAGACAUGCAUCGGUGGGUGAGGCCAGGGGAAAACUCAGUCUGCCUGUGGUGGUGGGGGGGCCCUUGGGAACCAACCAGGGGUAGUGGGGGAGCACAUGGGCCCAGGUGCUGGGACAGAGGGACUGGAAAGGGAGUUAAAGACCCAGACAAGGCCAGGUCUAGUGAAGGACAACUCUAAGAGUGAUUGAAGGGCUCACCCGACCCUCUUCCCCUCCCCAACCCACUGGUUCUGCUGCCCUUCCCCAGGAGCCUCGCAGUCCUCUUUGUCCCAGGACAAAGUGUUGCCAACAGAAUAAUUAGCAAGGGUGUUUGCCACCAAGGCUGUGGUUGAGAAGAGGUGGGA